UCCGGGCCGAGCCGCCCCGCCCCCACGUGGGCCCCGAGAGUGUAGAGCGAGAGACAGCGGUGUCAGGAGCAGCCGCUCGGAGACAUAAGCGAGGACCAGCUCCCCACUCCCCUCUUCCUGCUCUGUCCCUGUCUCUGCUGCCCUCCAGGUCAGACUGAGCACGCAGCAGACUCCCCAGGUGCCCUCGAGUCCAUCCAACUGACGGCCCUGUGACCCACUUGCCCACACCAUGCAGCCCCAGUCUGUUCUGCACAGCGGCUACUUCCACCCACUGCUUCGGGCCUGGCAGACAACCGCCACUACCCUCAAGGCCUCCAACCUCAUCUACCCCAUCUUUGUCACGGAUGUUCCUGAUGACGUCCAGCCUAUUGCCAGCCUCCCAGGAGUGGCCAGGUAUGGUGUAAACCGGCUGGAAGAGAUGCUGAGGCCCCUGGUGGAAGAGGGCCUGCGUUGUGUCCUGAUCUUUGGCGUCCCCAGCAGAGUUCCCAAGGAUGAGCGUGGCUCUGCUGCUGACUCUGAGGAGUCCCCGGCUAUUGAGGCAAUCUGUCUGUUGAGGAAGACCUUCCCUGACCUCCUGGUGGCCUGUGAUGUCUGCCUGUGCCCCUACACCUCCCAUGGUCACUGCGGGCUCCUGAGUGAAAAUGGAACAUUCUGGGCUGAGGAGAGCCGCCAGCGGCUGGCAGAGGUGGCACUGGCCUAUGCCAAGGCAGGAUGUCAAGUAGUAGCCCCAUCGGACAUGAUGGAUGGACGUGUGGAAGCCAUCAAGGAGGCCCUGAUGGCACACGGAUUUGGCAACAGGGUGUCAGUGAUGAGCUAUAGCGCCAAAUUUGCUUCUUGUUUCUAUGGACCUUUCCGGGAUGCAGCUCAGUCAAGCCCAGCCUUUGGAGACCGCCGCUGCUACCAGCUGCCCCCCGGAGCACGAGGCCUGGCCCUCCGAGCGGUGGACCGAGAUGUACGGGAAGGAGCUGACAUGCUCAUGGUGAAGCCUGGAAUGCCCUACCUGGACAUUGUGCGGGAGGUCAAGAACAAGCACCCUGAGCUCCCUCUCGCUGUAUACCACGUCUCUGGAGAGUUUGCCAUGCUGUGGCACGGAGCCCAGGCCGGGGCAUUUAAUCUCAAGGCUGCUGUACUAGAGGCCAUGACCGCCUUCCGCAGAGCAGGUGCUGACAUCAUUAUCACCUACUACACGCCUCAGCUGCUGCAGUGGCUGAAGGAGAAGUGACGGGGAGAGUGUGCAAGACCCAAGAACUAGAAAUUUAAAAAGUUCCUGGGGCCUUGAAGAAGUGAAAACCAAAGUAAAUGCUGCUUUUAGAACAGUGCCCUUGUGCCCUCUUCCUGCUCACAUGCUGGUGGGUGCCCAGCAGCCCCAGGUGUUUUCUGCCAGCAGGCUGAAUCUCACCACUUAACAGCCGCAAACUCACGGAUUCACCCGAGCUUCCCCGUCCCUCCCCUGGGUCAGCCCUGAGGCUCACCUUCGCCACCCCCAGCUCUUUCCUCUGGUAUGGCUUCUCCUUGAAAGCAACCAGGAGUCUUGGGCACAGGCUUGGCGUGGCCUGGGAGAGAGGCUUGGAGCAUUAGGGAACAGAAGAGCAGUUGGAUCUUGGAUCCUCGAAGCUAUGGAAAGCUGGGACUUCUGGCAGCAGAGCGGGGUGCUGGUACUGAGGCCUAGAUCGAUAUCCCCAGUUUAGAGUUGAAAUUUGCUGCAAUUCUGCUGGAAGGCUUCCCUCACAGGCCAGUGGUUGCAAGGCUGCUUAAGAUCUCCUGUCCUGUGAACCAUAAACCCAGAGAAGAAUUACUUAUUAACGAGCAGAAACGUUGCCUGAGGAUCAAAAUCCAGAAUCAAAGAGGGAAUUCCCGACAGCUGGAGAUGCCACCACGAAAAAGGCUUUUAUUAAGAGACACUUUUUGAGGGCCGGCCUGUGGCUCAUUAGGGAGAGUGUGGUGCUGAUAACACCAAGGCCUUGGGUUCGGAUCCCAUAUAGGCAUGGCCGGUUUGCUCACUGGGUGAGCGUGGUGCUGACAACACCAAGUCAAGGGUUAAGAUCCAUUUACCAGUCAUCUUUAAAAAAAAAAAGAGGGCCGACCCCGUGGUGCACUCGGGAGAGUGCGGCGCUGGGAGCACAGUGACGCUCCCGCCGCAGGUUCAGAUCCUAUAUAGGAAUGGCCGGUGCACUCACUGGCUGAGUACCGGUCACAAAAAAGACAAAAAAAAAAAAGAGAGAGAGACAUUUUUUGAGAACCUCUGCUCUGUGCCCAGGCACAGUGCUGGGUACUGGGAACACAGAAGGACAGACCUCAGCUUAUCUCUUUAUGGAAUGUAUACAAAGAGAAUGGAGGAGACAGAGCAGUUACAAAUUGUGAUAAGAGCGUUGAAGGAAAGAAAG